GUGCCUCCGCCAGGCAUUGAUUUCACGCUGCCAUCUCCGCCUGUUGGACAGAGCCAAGUUACGGUAGUGGAUCCACCAUGGAUGCCACACGUAAAGACUAAAGUUGAAGAAUUGAGUUUGAAGGAGGAAGAACAAGCCACGGAAAAGGGUCGAGCGGCUAAAAUAGAAGGAAUGGAGUGCGGAAUGCUGAGGUGA